UCUGAUUCGUGACGUUUGGGGGUCAAUGAUGGAUAUUCAAACGGUAUCAAUCUGUCUGGAGUUAUCUAUCAUGGUCGUUGACCAUUGUGUAGAGUGGCAUUCUUUUUGGCGUUGGAUGCCGUCGCCACUUUCCUUGCUUCUUUGCGGCAGUGUACUAUUCUCGUCAUCACCAUCAUCAUCACUGUCAUCCAUCACUCAAGGAGAAAUUCAACCGAUCUUGUGUGAACCAUAUAACUUUUUUUCUUUCGAUAUUCAAUGUUGCUGUGAAAAGCAGUAUGCAUGCUUGACAUAUAUAACACGCUUGCAGUUCAAUGAAAAAACUCCCCUCUCACCCAUGUCUGUCUCAUCUAUAUACAUGCACAAAAAAGAGUAG